CCCAGCCCGAGCUCGGGCGGGCGGAGCCGUGGCCGCAGAGACCGUUCGUCGGUGCAGCCCGCCGAGCGGUGUGGAGCCGCCUUCCCCACCAGAGCCCGCUCUGCGAGCCUCUCGCGCCCCUCCCGCACUCCCUGCCACGGUGCUGCAGGCUAGGAUGGAUCUGAGGAAGAGCUGGAGAGGAGAUAAGCAGCUUAACCCAGAGUCUAGGCUGGAGCAUAUGGUGAUGAGUUUCCGGGUGUCUGAGCUUCAGGUGCUCCUCGGCUUUGCUGGCCGGAACAAGAGUGGACGGAAACACGAGCUGCUGGCCAAGGCCCUGCACCUCCUCAAGUCCAGCUGUGCCCCCAGUGUCCAGAUGAAGAUCAAAGAGCUUUAUCGUCGCCGCUUUCCCAGGAAGACCCUGGGGCCCUCUGACCUCUCCAUGCUCUCCCUGCCACCUGGCACCUCUCCUGUAGGCUCCCCUGGUCCUCUAGCUCCCAUUCCCCCAGCUCUCCUGGGCCCAAGUACCCUGCUGGGCCCCAAGCGUGAGGUGGAUGUGCAUCCUCCUCUCCCCCAACCUGUGCACCCUGAUGUCACCAUGAAACCGUUGCCUUUCUAUGAAGUCUACGGGGAGCUCAUCCGACCCACCACCCUUGCAUCCACUUCCAGUCAGCGGUUUGAGGAAGCGCACUUUACUUUUGCCCUCACCCCCCAGCAAGUGCAGCAGAUUCUCACGUCCAGAGAAGUUCUUCCAGGAGCCAAAUGCGAUUAUACCAUACAGGUGCAGCUGAGGUUCUGUCUCUGUGAGACCAGCUGCCCCCAGGAGGAUUAUUUCCCCCCCAACCUCUUCGUCAAAGUUAAUGGCAAACUGUGCCCUUUGCCGGGUUACCUUCCCCCCACCAAGAAUGGGGCUGAACCCAAGAGGCCCAGCCGCCCCAUCAACAUCACACCACUGGCCAGACUCUCGGCCACUGUCCCCAACACCAUUGUGGUCAACUGGUCAUCUGAGUUUGGACGGAAUUACUCCUUAUCUGUGUACCUCGUGAGGCAGUUGACUGCAGGAACCCUUCUACAAAAGCUCAGAGCAAAGGGUAUCCGGAACCCAGACCACUCCCGGGCACUGAUAAAGGAGAAAUUGACCGCUGACCCUGACAGUGAGGUGGCUACUACAAGUCUCCGGGUGUCACUCAUGUGCCCGCUGGGGAAGAUGCGCCUGACUGUCCCAUGUCGUGCCCUCACCUGUGCCCACCUGCAGAGCUUUGAUGCUGCCCUUUACCUACAGAUGAAUGAGAAAAAGCCAACGUGGACAUGUCCCGUGUGUGACAAGAAGGCUCCCUACGAAUCUCUUAUUAUUGAUGGUUUAUUCAUGGAGAUUCUUAAUUCCUGUUCUGACUGUGAUGAGAUUCAGUUUAUGGAAGAUGGAUCCUGGUGCCCAAUGAAACCCAAAAAGGAGGCAUCUGAGGUUUGCCCCCCACCAGGGUAUGGGCUGGACGGCCUCCAGUAUAGCCCAGUCCAAGAGGGAAAUCCAUCAGAGAAUAAGAAGAAGGUUGAAGUUAUUGACUUGACAAUAGAAAGCUCAUCAGAUGAGGAGGAUCUGCCCCCAACCAAGAAGCACUGUCCUGUCACCUCAGCUGCCAUCCCAGCCUUACCUGGAAGCAAAGGAGUCCUGGCCUCCAGUCACCAGCCAUCCUCGGUGCUGCGGAGUCCCGCGAUGGGCACACUGGGCAGUGACUUCCUGUCUAGUCUCCCACUACACGAAUACCCACCAGCAUUCCCACUGGGAGCUGACAUCCAAGGUUUAGAUUUAUUUUCUUUUCUUCAGACUGAGAGCCAGCACUAUGGUCCUUCUGUCAUCACCUCGCUAGAUGAACAGGAUGCCCUUGGCCACUUCUUCCAGUACCGGGGGACCCCUUCCCACUUUCUGGGUCCUCUGGCGCCGGCCUUGGGGAGCUCGCACCGCAGCUCCACUCCAGCACCGCCUCCAGGCCGUGUCAGCAACAUUGUGGCUCCUGGAGGAGCCCUGAGGGAGGGACAUGGAGGACCCCUGCCUUCCGGUCCCUCUUUGACUGGCUGUCGGUCAGAUAUCAUUUCCCUGGACUGAACUCCUUGAGUUACAAAACAGUCACUGUCCCUCAACACUGAGCAGAUCUGCUGUGGUGCCCCAAACCCUGGCCACUCUGAUCCAUCAGGGGGUUUUGGCCAAAGGCCAGACAAAUCCUCAAGGACAUCUUGGCCUCAACUGCCUAACCACCUAAAGGGUUAAUAUUUAACCUUUUUAAGGACAUUGGGGUCUAUUUUUGGAAAUGUUCUUUAGAUGGCAGCACAUUCCUUUGGGAAUAUUUGUUAACCAAGUGGUGGGAAGCUACUGGGAUGGGAUGGAAGCUGGGGGGAUGGGCUGAAUGAUGGCCUUCACUGCAUCUAGAGCUUCUGAGGAAGGGUUUCUCCUCUUUCUCUGAGAUGCUCCUCUUCCCAUCCCCAUUCUUUUCAUGUUUUCUCAAUUCCCUUUAGCCACAGACAGGUGUCAAAACCAAGACAGGCAGUUGCAGAGACGGACAGAGAUCUGUAUUUUGGGUUGCAGAUUUUUUGUGCAUAAACAAGAAAAACCAAACACUCCAAAGAUGACUUUCGUUGUGUCCUACUUCCCAGUAUGACUGAGAAGAUAAGGCCUUAGUCGUGAUCUCCAGGGUUUGGAAGUGGGGAGGGCCUGGCCUACUGCCCAGGUCUCUCUCUAUUUAAGUUCGCAAUGUUUCUUAGUGCCAAUCAGCCCAGGACUGAAGCUUCUAGAGACUCAUGGCCCUGUGGGUAGGCCUGGCUCAUUCUGCACCUUUCCUGGGCGGAGGGAGGACUCCUGUGCCCUCCUUCCCAUUUUUUUUUUUUCCAGGCUCCUCCAGGACCUACAACUCACGUUGUAAUUUUACUUUUUAUUCCCAAAGCUGUAGCAAAGUUCUCACCCACAAUAAAGGUUGUGAAUGUUC